GAGAUUUGACAAUAAAUCUUUUCCUGUUUCAGCACUUGAAUUUAGAGAAGAGGGCAAAAAGAAAAAAUGAUGAAAUACAUUGUUCUAUUUGCCGUGGUGGUGGCAGUUGCAAGUGCCUUCGUUUGCCCACCCAACUUCUGCAGUGGAGUGAAAUGUGAUGAUCUGUCUAACUGCUUGAGAGAGUAUGGACAGAAAAUCAGAGAAAAAGGAAGCUUCUGCAAGUGCUGUGACAUCUGUGUCAAAGUAUUAGGCGAAGGAGAGAGAUGCAUGCCCGAUCACAUCCUCGGGUCAAUAUCAGCGUCUGAAUGUGACGAAGGACUUGCAUGUCACAGAAGUCACUGGAAGUGUGUCACCAUGGAAGAAUUCUUAGAAGACUAAAACUGUAUUCAAAAAGUAUAUGUACAAAAAUGAAAAUAAAACACACAAUACUCUUUUACGAUUGAAGGGAAUAUAUUUUAUACAUGAUCAUUUCA